GGGAGGGCGGGGAAAUGCUACCCUCCCUUCCCUUCUUCCCACUGAGCUUUGCGGCUGCUGGUGAUAGGGUACUACGCAGUACGCAGGCGACGCAGAGCGGGAGGCGUUGAGAGGUGAGAAUUCGCUAUUGGCCUGACUGCCGCAGAGAUGCUGGCAGCAAGGUUCGUGUGCCUUCGGGCCCUCCCAAGCAGGGGGCUAGGCCCUGCACUCACUCAGGCCCCUCCGGCUUUAAGGAAUUCCACUCUCAAGACAAAGCAGUGGCUUUUGCAGCCAUAUCAGGGAUAUGCCUCCAGAGCUAGGAUGGGGAUACGCCAAGGAAAAACUGGUCAAGAAAUUAAAGAAGCUGCUUUUGAGCCAGCAAUGGAAACAGCAUUUAAAGUUGAUCGGAUGGGAAGAAUGAUUGUUGCUGGAGGUGCCGCUGUUGGUCUUGGAGCCCUCUGUUACUAUGGAUUAGGGAUGUCCAAUGAGAUUGGGGCCAUUGAAAAAGCCAUUAUUUGGCCGCAGUAUGUGAAAGACAGAAUCCGUUCCACCUAUAUGUAUUUUGCAGGAAGCAUUGGUGUGACAGCCUUGUCUGCUGUACUUGUCAGUAGAUCUCCUGCCCUCAUGGGUUUAAUGAUGAGGGGUUCCUGGCUGGCAAUAGGUGCAACUUUUGCAGCAAUGAUUGGAGCUGGGAUGUUGGUUAGAUCAAUAGAUUAUGAGCAGAGCCCUGUCCCUAAACAUCUGGCUUGGAUGCUGCAUGCAGGUGUUAUGGGUGCUGUAGUAGCUCCUCUGACUCUUCUGGGUGGUCCCUUACUUAUUCGAGCUGCAUGGUAUACAGCAGGAAUCGUAGGUGGCCUGUCUACUGUGGCCAUGUGUGCACCAAGUGAGAAGUUUCUGAACAUGGGAGCACCUCUGGGAGUUGGCUUUGGCUUCGUGCUUGCAUCUUCUCUUGGAUCAAUGUUCUUUCCUCCUACAUCUGCACUUGGUGCUGGACUUUAUUCUGUUGCUGUUUAUGGUGGAUUGGUUCUUUUUAGUAUGUUCCUGCUCUAUGAUACUCAGAAAGUUGUAAAACGUGCAGAGACUCAACCGCUGUAUGGUGUACAAAAGUAUGAUCCAAUCAACUCGUGUAUGGGUAUUUAUGUGGAUACACUCAACAUCUUUAUCAGAGUGGCCACCAUACUUGGUGGUGGUGGUGGUGUCAGGAAGAAGUAGAAUGCUGCAACCUUUGGCACGUUGUAAUGACAGCUCAUCGAACACUUUGGCUUAUCUGCUUAGUGCAUAAUAUUGAAUAAAACUGUGGUUGUGUACAAGCAGCUUUCAUGUAGACGUCAAAUGUUUUAAACACUUCAACAUGAGCUUUAAGGUGUUUUCAGUGUAAUGUGAUUUGAAUGUUAGUUUCCUAUUUAAUUUUUACAACAACUGACUGGAGACUUUUCACCUAUUCGCACUUUAUUUUUCAAUGGGAAAGAAGUUCAUUUCAUGUACUUGUGUUCAUAACAAGUGUAGGUUUUGUUCCAUCUUCCAAAAAGAUGAAGGCCUAAGCAGUGCUACAGUCUAGCGUCACAUAAAGGACCAGCUAAAUAGUGUAAAGUGUCUAAACCAAUAAGAGUUUUAGAAGGACUUGAAUAGACAAGCAGUAUGUAACUAAUUG